AUGGAGAUGGUCAUAAGCUCUCAGCCAGUGAGGAUGUCCGUGACUGCGGAAGGUGUGAAGCAUACCUUGACCGUGCAUGAGACGGCCUUGACGCAAAUACCAUAUUUCAAGGAGUCUUCGUGGUGUGCUGGAAAAACGGACUUGGACAUUACGCUUCCAGCUGGUACUGGGAUCGAAGCAAUGCAGUUCCUGCUCACCCGAUGCUAUGGACUCCAAUUGUCCAAGCCAUCGACCACGCUUGCAUGCCAGACGUUCUUGCUGUCGGAGUUUUUUCUGAUGCAUGAAGACCGAGCGGCAAUUCUGGAUCUCUUGAAGAGGACUCUCGUGUCCCAACAGGCCCUUGAUGAGGCCCGCCAGUGCUUCAGGGAGAAAGAGGUGCCUCAAGAAUUGCAGCACAUUCUGAGCAACGUUGCGACUUCUGUGGACUCCUUGGUGCUGGAUGUUGCGCAGUGGGGCGAGGCAUCUGUGAAAGCAAUGCUUCAGACAUGCCUUGAUAGCCUAUCAACAGCGCCUGCAGACCUUGAUGAUGCCAAGCCGAGAAAAAGCGCAGAUGCUUCAAGUCUGUUCCAUGAAAAGGAAGGUUACCAACGGAGUUGGUUUGCGUUGUCUCCCGAGGAGAAGAAGAAGUGGGAAUCUCAAGCGGAGGCAUUGCAGAAAAAGUUCCUGGAUCUUGAGAAGUCUUGGAAAGAGCGGCGGCAGAUUCAAGCAAAGCACUUUGAGAAGGUGCGGGAAAUCUUUGAUCGCCGAAGUUCGCGAGGCCUUGUAAAGACCGAUAUUUCCAUCUUGAUGAACAUGUUGGUGGGUCCCGCGGCAACCAGAGUUAGAGCAUACUUCUCUCGGGAUGAGAGAGUCAAGACGGGCAAAGCUGCCUCCUCUGAAGGGGAAUUCGAAUGGAAAAUUUGGAAGUAUUCGCUUCAAUUAGGCUUCGAGUCCUUGAGUGCCGUGGCUUCUGCUUUGAUUGCUGCUCACCCGGAUUUCUGGGCCGUCUUCGUCUUCGAUUUGGUCGCAGGCCUUCCGUUCGAAGUUCAGGCACAAACUCGCAAGAAUGCUGACGGGAGUUUCACAUUCACUACUGUUGGUGUAGAGCUAGCAGAGGGCUUCUGGCGGCGCUUGGCAAAGGUGUUGGAGGCUGCUGUUGACCUUGGGAUGCGCUUGUUGAAAGAGAGGAAGCUGCAGCCUGUUCAGCUGAUUACUGGUCUUGCAAUGCUUCUCUUCAACAUCUUCUCCAUUGGUUACGAGGACGUGCCUUCUUGGUUGCAAUCUGCAUUCGGCCGGGUUGCUGCUGCCCUGGACCCUGCUGCCAGGGCCCUGCUUGUUGACACCCUGGUACUUGCACGGCUUCCUCAGACUGACCUACUGGACCGGAUUGAUGAUUGGCUCGAGGCAUUCAGUGACUCCCCCAAGCUGCUGCAGUCGUUAGCCGUGCUCUUGAUGCCAAUCUUCCCCCAAAUCUUUGACUUCGACGAAGAGUCUUAUGACUACCUUAUGGAGCUGGCGAACCCCAGCAGCGCUGACUUGGAAGUGCAGCAGCCUGCUGACUCCACUGGGCCUCAGGAGCCGGACCAGAAGCGAUCCCGGCUUGCCCGCAGUCAGGGCCGCGACACGAAGCUCCUGAUGGCGACACCGCCACCUUUGAAGCGUGAGAAGGCGGGCGACGACGUGCCCGUGCCAAGCACACCAGUGCGAAAGGCCAUCCGUGCUCCGGAGCUUUUGCUGGCGACGCCGGCAAAAUCAAAGCGGGAACAGACGCACCAGCUGCCGGUCACGCCACCUUCACUGAAGAGGGUGAGACAGACUCGCUUGGCGGAUGAGGAGCCCUGCCUGGAAAAGGCACCGGUGACCCCCGAUCGCCCUACGACCAAGCUGGUUCCCAAUGCCCCGGAGCGGCGCAAGAGGCGCUCCGACUUCAUGGACGAGGCAUUUUCGCUGCCCGAAGCGGACUGGCCUGCACCGGUGACCCCCGAUCACCCCACUACCAAGCUGGUUCCUAACGCACCGGAGCGGCGCAAGAGGCACUCCCUGUUCAUAGACGAGGCAGAAAUGCUGCCCGAUGCGGGCUGGCCUGCUACCAACGGCCGACCUUGA